AUGACGGUAAAUGGAUUACCGCGUCGGAAUUACUACACUAGAAGGUUGGAGAUAUUGCACAAAAGGUGCCUUACAUGUGUAAAUAGUUUGCUCACAAUUGCUGGCAAACGGCAAAGGAAUUACAUUCUUGAUCUUACUAAUGUCUACACUUCAACACAGCAGAGAAAUAUGUCUUACUUUUCUGGAUUCAUACGCAAAGCAGUUGUAAUUGUUCCAACAGAAGAAGACGCCAAGGUUAGAGAAGAUGAGAAAAUUCAAGAAGAGGGUCAAGAAGUAGCUGACUAUACUGUCAUGCUAAUGAAAGCAAAUUUCAAAAUUCCAUCAGUCGAUGACACGUUUUCUGAAGUUGAAUUUCCUGAAUUGGCAUUGGAAGAGGCAACAAAAGUCAUUGAAAAGUACAAAACCGAAGCAUUUAAUGAUGAAUACGGUCAGCUGGAAAGACAAUGUCAAACCCAAAGAAAUGGCCAUGAAAAUGAUCUCAAUGACUGGCAUAGCAGUCACAGUGGACGUGUUAGCAAUCGCGGACCUCCAUCACCUACAUCCCAUUCUUAUUUACCUCGUCAAGAACAUCAUAUUCCUAUUUCUCCUUCACUUAAUAGCGAAGAAAAAGUUAUUGAAGAGGAAAUUUUACCGGACUCUGGAGAUCCAAUUGAUCCUUUAGCCGAAGAAUCGAUAGAAGAUAUUCGCGCUUUAAAAGAUUGUCAUCAAGUUGAAGCUGUUGAAGAUGAAAUAGAAUUUCUUGAAGUAUUUAUGGAUACAGAAGAAUUGGAAGAAAGAUCAGAAGAAGAAAGGCAACGAAAUAGAUCACCAGAACCAGUCAUUGAAAAUGAAGAAGAUGAGCCUGAAUAUGAUAAAACUUUGGUCGUGCUCGACUGGUAUAAUUCAGAUCUCAACCUAAUCAUAAACAAAACUGAUUUCGUUAGUGGCGCUCCGCUAACUGAAGCUGUAUUUGCUUACAUGUAUGCUGGAGCUCGCGCAACGUAUGGCUUUGAAAACGGAAAAGUUUGCUAUGAAGUGAAGGUUACGGAAAAUUUAGCAGUUUGUCAUGUAGAAGAAUCGGAGCCUAAUCGCCACAUUGUUCGUGUUGGAUGGUCGGUCGACUCUACUACUUAUCAAUUGGGCGAAGAUCAAUUUUCUUACGGCUACGAAUGUACGGCAAAAACAUAUGGAAAAAGUGAAAUCAAAGACUACGGGUUGCCUUUCAAAUUGAACGACGUGGUCGGUGUUUACCUGGACGCUUCGGAGGAAAAACAAUCAGUUGAAAUAUCUUUUAGCGUCAAUGGUGUGCCUCAAGACGUAGCAUUCUCUCUGCCCCGAGAGGAAUUGAAUGGCCGAGCACUUUUCCCACACAUCUUGACCAAAAAUUGUCGAUUUGAAGUAAAUUUUGGCCAAAAAGAAGAUCCUUGGUUCCCACCAACGGAAGGCUACGAGUGGGCUAGCGAAAUUCCUCUCGAAAAGCGUUUACGAGGAGCAAUCGCGCCAAGUACUAGGGCUAAAUGUCAGAUAAUCGCAAUGUGUGGUCUACCCUAUGCUGGGAAAACUACGUAUGCCAACAAAUUCUCUGCGGAAAAUCCCAAUCGAAAGUUCAAUGUUUUGGGAACAAAUGCGAUCCUUGGUAAAAUGAAGGUAAAUGGAUUACCGCGUCGGAAAACCUACACUGGAAAAAAGUAUUCCGACUUGUUCAAUAAGUGCAUUCACUGUCUAAAUAAUUUGAUCAAAAUUGCUGCCAGACGGCGUAGGAACUACAUCCUUGAUCUAACAAACAUAUACCUUGUUGCACUGAACAAGAAAAUGAAAAGCUUUUCUGGAUUCAAACGCAAAGCAGUUGUAAUUGUUCCAACAGAAGAAGACGCAAAAUAUCGAGAAAAAAAGAAAAUUCAAGAAGAGGGUAAAGAUGAAUCAGACUCUAUCGUCUUGCAAAUGAAGAUAGAUUUCAAAUUUCCAACAGUUGACAAAACGUUUUCCGAAGUUGAAUUUCCUGAAUUGGAAAAGGAAGAGGCACUUAAAGUCAUUAAAAAGUACAGCACCGAAGCAAAGGCUGCUCAAGUCAUUUUGCUUACACCGAAAAUAGAAGAAGACAACCUAGAAAAUGGCCAAAAUAAUAAUCGUCACAGAGAAAGCGACAGCAAUUCUGCAAGCAAUUCGAUGGGACAUACACCUCAAUUACCUAGAAGUGAUACCGACCCUCCUCGUCCUGAAUCCUCCCAGAGAAGUACCGAACCGCGCGUAGCAGCCAAUCUUUGUAAUCCCGAAAGUGUCCUACUUGGAGCUAGGCGAGGACUUUUAGCAGGAGCAUCACCGAUGAAAUUAAUUUCGGAACCCAUAACUCCAGGACCACCUUCAUAA